UAAGAUGGAGCUGGGAAUAAUAAAAGCCAAUAGGAAUCCAAUGGCAAGUGGACUCACCACUAUAAAUACUUGUUCAUACCUCCCUCUUUUCUUUCACAUUCAUCCCUCUUUCCUUUUAGUUACCUCUUUUAAUUCAAACAAGAAAUCAAUCUCUUUCUCUCCAAAUUUUCCGUUGAUCAAAACCAACCAACGAGAAAAACUGAAAGAUCUCAAGAACAAUUAUAAACUCUCAUUUGGAUCCUCUGUUUUUUUUUUCUCAAGAACACCAAAAAUGUCAGUUGCUAUAUGUCAAGCGCUUGAUAAAAUUGUCACCAAGAGUGAAAGAAACGAAAGUUUCACCCAAAAAGGUGGACUGAGUUUCCUUCAGUCUAUGUCUGAUAUCACUGCCAUUGUCCGAAACGUAGAGGACAAAGCUUAUGUUCACCCGGCCGAGAAACGCUCUGUUUCCAAGCUGAGUGAGAAAAGCUUAGAGAUGUGCACUGAGAGCCUUGGGACCGAAACAGGAAGCGAGAGUGGUGACGAUUUGUUGUUGCUUGCGUUUGAAGCAACCCACACUCCUAGGGUUCCUUCUCAGCCAAAAACUCGAGAAGAAAAAAGAGACACUGGCUUGCCUGCAAAGAAAUCAUUCCCGCCACCGAUAAAGUUCGUUAAAGGAUCAAAGUACACUCGUAUGGUAAGAACACUAGGAGAAGAUGGUCGUCUUGUUGUUCAAGCAAUUAGGGUUUUGUCUCCGCCUCGUAACUUCGUAGCGGAACGUGGUGAAGGAAGGCUCCGUCUCUCUUUAUCGCAGGAAAGCUCUUUUCUUGGGCAUACUCACGAGGAAGAAGAAACAGAGGAGGAAAUUAUUGAGAACUUGGAGGGUCAAAAUGGAAAUAAAAAGUUUAGCAUAUUAAGCAGCAGAUGCAAGGAGAAUGGUCGUAAGCCUAAGCCAAUGCUUACUACUUGGAAGCAGCAGCAGUUUUGGGUCGCUACUUAAGACCUAGUUCGACUCCAACUCCAAUGUUUUCAUUAAAUAAUUAAUGGGUUUCUUAUGUUUUUCUUGUAUGAGAUUUCUCUAGUUACUUUAAGUGUGUUUCUAAUUCUGUUUAGUGUUUGUUAAAUGAGAAUUAUUAUUAUUAUUGUUGA